AUGUGCUACAGUAUCUCAGCUCAGUUACUCAAUCCAUGUGGCCACACAAUUUGUGGUCCAUGUGCCGAUCAAUGGUUAUUUGAUCAAGGCGCUGAAACUUGUCCUACUUGCCGGAGGAAAACAAAUUAUCUGCGUCCUUUGAUACCAAAUAUCACAGUGAAUAACUUUGUUGAAAGUUAUAUUCAAAUUUGUGCCCUCACUGGUGAUCGAGAUUGGCAGAGUAAUGGAAGUAAACUCAUUGAUUGGUUAGAAAGAAUAAAGUAA